AUAGAAAACUUUUUAAAGUUGCUACAAGAAGAUUUUGGCGUAUCUGUCAAUAAAACUGUUGAAGAAAGCAUAUUACAAGCUAAGCGCUAUCAAUUACAAGAAUUACCCUCCGUUAGAAGAUAUAAAAUUAUUGCACAAUUUUUACAAACUAAUAGGCGUUUGGCAUUUCAACGUCUCAGUGACACAUUUACUUAUGAUAACUGGCGGCAACUGGCACAAUUUACUCUAAUUUCGGUUCAAGUAUUUAUAGACGAAGAGCCGGAGAAAUUGAACGCAUUUUUAUCGAUGAUUAUAAGCACCAAGAAGGUAUAAAUGAACAAACAAAUCCAGAUUUAUACGAAUCUUUAUCACCUGAAGCUCAAAAAGUA